AGGUAGGUUAGCAAAUUGAGCAGUGAAGGAAAGACAGUGGUUUGCUCAGGAGAGAGGAGUGAUCAGGUGUGACUGUGGAGCUCCGAUUACACUUUGUGUACAAAUUAGAUCUGGAGAAUUUAAACAGGGCUGUAAGAGCACCUACUGAAAGGAAGAGGAUUAUAGGAGAUCUAGAAAGUCCUAAAGACAGCAUUUUUUUCCUAACAGAAAACAAAAUGAUAACUGUUUUUGUUGCUGUUAUUUUAUAAUUGACAAAUGACUGAACUGUGGAUUUGAAAGAUUGCUGAUUUAAAGAAGUAGAUGUGGAAUAUAAAUAGUUGCCAGAAAAAAUACUGACAACGUCAAAGCAAAAUGAAGUUCUUUCUAUUGCUUUCAGCCAUUGGGUUCUGCUGGGCUCAGUAUGCCCCAAAUACCAAGCCUGGAAAAACAUCUAUUGUUCAUUUGUUUGAAUGGCGCUGGGCAGAUAUUGCUCUUGAAUGUGAGCGAUACUUAGGUCCUAAAGGAUUUGGAGGAGUUCAGAUCUCUCCACCCAAUGAAAAUGUUGUCAUUAACAACCCUUCAAGACCUUGGUGGGAAAGAUACCAACCGAUUAGCUACAAGUUAUGUACAAGAUCAGGAAAUGAAGAUGAAUUCAAAGACAUGGUUACUAGAUGUAACAACGCUGGUGUUCAUAUUUAUGUGGAUGCUGUAAUUAAUCAUGUGUGUGGACAUGGUGUGGCUGCAGGAACGGGCAGUACGUGUGGAAGUUACUUCAACCCUGGAAAUAGGGAUUUUCCGGCCAUUCCAUUCUCUGCUUGGGAUUUUAAUGAUGGUAAAUGUAGAACUGGAAGUGGAGACAUUGAGAAUUACAAUGAUCCUUAUCAGGUCAGAGAUUGUCGUCUGUCUGGUCUUCUUGAUCUUGCCCUGGAGAAAGAUUACGUGAGGUCCAAGAUUGCUGAGUAUCUGAACCAUCUCAUUGACCUUGGUGUAGCAGGGUUCAGAAUAGAUGCUUCUAAGCACAUGUGGCCUGGAGACAUGAAGGCAAUUUUGGAUAAACUACAUAAUCUAAACACAACCUGGUUCCCUGAAGGAAGUAAACCUUUCAUUUACCAGGAGGUGAUUGAUUUGGGUGGUGAGCCAAUUAAAAGCAGCGACUACUUUGAAAAUGGUCGUGUGACAGAAUUCAAGUAUGGUGCAAAACUAGGCACAGUUUUGCGCAAAUGGCAUGGAGAGAAGAUGGCUUACUUAAAGAGCUGGGGAGAAGGCUGGGGUUUCAUGCCUUCUGACAGAGCACUUGUCUUUGUGGAUAACCACGACAAUCAGAGAGGACAUGGAGCUGGAGGAGCAUCUAUUCUUACCUUCUGGGAUCCUAGACUGUACAAAAUGGGAGUUGGAUUUAUGCUCGCUCAUCCUUAUGGGUUUACACGAGUAAUGUCAAGCUUCCGUUGGCCAAGAUAUUUUCAGAAUGGAAAAGAUAUUAAUGAUUGGGUUGGGCCACCAAAUAAUAAUGGAGUAAUUAAAGAAGUAACUAUUAAUGAGGACACUACUUGUGGCAACGACUGGGUCUGUGAACAUCGAUGGCGUCAAAUAAGAAACAUGGUUAUGUUCCGUAAUGUAGUUGAUGGCCAACCUUUUACAAAUUGGUGGGACAAUGGUAGCAACCAAGUAGCUUUUGGGAGAGGAAACAAAGGAUUCAUUGUCUUUAACAAUGAUGACUGGCCAUUAUCUUUAACUUUGCAAACUGGUCUUCCUGCUGGCACAUACUGUGAUGUUAUUUCUGGAGAUAAAAUUGGUGACAAUUGUACAGGAAUUAAAAUCUAUGUUUCUGGUGACGGCAAAGCUCAUUUCUCUGUUAGUAACUCUGCUGAAGAUCCAUUUAUUGCAAUUCAUGCUGAAUCGAAACUGUACAAUUUGAAUUAAAUACAUAUAUACCCAGAGAAAUAA